AUGGCUUGGGAUCAAGAUCUGUCCAGAUUGCUUCAGGAUUGCCGGGAAAAUGUUUCGUUACUAACUCAAGCAGCAUAUCAUCUUGUGAAUGCGAUUUUGAAAAUUAAAUGGGCUCAUCGAAGUGAGUGUACUGUUAGGGACUAUCAAGGUUUUCUGGUGGAUUUAUUAUCUGCUCAUAACUAUUAUACAAAAAUUGUUUUUGAUGAAUUAGUUGCCACUUUUAAGUCUGCUGAUGGAUGGGAGAAUGAAACUCCUUCUAAAGAAGAAAAUAACAUUUACAAUCAUGUACAUGAAGUUUUAGAAGUUUUGCUACAAACUGUACCUAUGUCCCUUGAUCUCUUAAAAGAAGUUAUCGAAGCUCAUUUUCCUUACUUACGUCGUAAUGUGCACGAACAUCAAAGUUAUAUUUAUAACAUGCUUAAAAUUCUUCACUAUCAGCCAGUGUUGAGAACAGACUUCUUAUUUUUGCUGAUUGAUAGAUUAAUAAUCUUAGAUGUGAAUGCUCCCAAACAUGAAAUUAUGGAUUCUUAUGAUGUGCCAGAGGAUGAGCAGUUUCAAAUGGAACUUGGCGAAAGAAAAGAUUCAAAUAUGACACAUUCAAUUGCUGAUACUUUUGAUUGUUGUUUGAAUAUAGUGUUUCAAUAUUUAUAUGUUACUUGUUAUGAUACAAGUGUUAAGCCGGCAGAGCUAAAAUUGGAAGAAACUAAGCAAUUAUUUCAGGAAAUUCUUAGUGUGUUUGAUUCACUUAUUCUUCCCACUCAUGGAACACAUCAUGUACAGUUUAUUGUGUUUUAUAUGUGUACCUUUAAAGUUCAACUAGCGGAUAUGUUUUUAACAUAUUUAUGGCAAAAAGUCACAUCCACUCGUGUGGCAAACGUGAUAAGACAAACAGCUGUUGCAUACUUCAGUAGCUUUUUGGCAAGAAAUGAUACCCUAACCAUAAGGAUAUUAAUGAACAGAAUUGCAGAAAUGACAGAGUGGGUACAUAAUUACAUUUCAAAACAAGAUGGAGCUGAAGGCAGCCGUGUAGAUAUAAGAGUACAUCCAGUAUUUUAUUCAGUUUGUCAAGCCAUAUUUUAUGUUACAUCAUGUAGAUACAGCGAUUUUGUACAUACAAAGAAAGGAUUACUAUUUUUACAAGGACUCAAUUUAACGAAAAUUGUUACCUGCGAUCUCAAUCCACUGAAAGUAUGUCAGCCGGAGAUUGUUCAUAGCUUUGCAACUAUUACUAGAAAUUUUCAAUUAGCUUACUGCUUUACCAUCAUUGAACACAAUUCUCGGACACACCUGCCAGUGGUACAUUUGAAUGAUCAAGGAGUUACUCAUGAAACAACAGUAAAGGACAUGCUUGAUACUUUCUUUCCAUUUGACCCAUAUGUACUGAAAAGGUCCAGCAAAUUUAUAUCUCCCAAUUAUAACGAACUAAAAGCUCCAUUUUCAGAAGAAAGGAUGUGUUCUGUUGGUUCUAAACAUGAUGAAGAUGAUGACUUUUUGAAUGGUUACAGUUCAAAUACACCGACAAUGCCCGUAUUAAGUGUCAGCCCUUCAUUUUGAGUUUUUGAAAUGUAUUGUUUGUAACCAACUUGAGGUUUUGAACAUUCAUGUUAGGUUGGAAUAAAACAAAGUUGACAAAUGAAAUUUGAUUUUUGAGUUCCAUUCCUUCCUUUCAACUAUUAUAUUUUUAUUGCAAGAUUACUUUUCUAAGUGUAAAAAG